AUGAAAAAUGAUUUUUUUCAAUAAUUUAUAAUUAAGCCGUUUAUUGUUUUUUCCUUCCUUCCAGGUCUUGGCUUUUGUUACUCUAUUAUAAAUGGCCCUACUAAUGCAACGGUCCUUGCUGGUUCAGAAGCCCGUUUUAAUUGCACUGUGUCGGUAGGAUGGAUAAUUCUCAUUUGGCUGUCCAAUGGAAAUCCCGUCCUCACUGUCAUCAAUUCUCAGGGAGCUAUUGAAACGUCAAACCGCUUCACCUCCCAAAAUUAUACCAGUAGCAACGGGUUUACCUCGGAGCUGAUCAUCCGGAACACACAGCUGAGUGACUCUGGAAGAAUUGAAUGCAGCACCCAGGAACCUAAUGAGAAGAGCUUUGCAUUUCUUUCUGUUCAAGUUAAUGGAUCUUUAUUCAUCACAAAUAGCACCUUAAAAGUAAAAGAGAACAAAACAGUUGACAUUGUUUGUGAAGCCUUGGGAUGGGCUCCAGCUCCAGACAUUACCUGGAUGACAAAUGACUCUUUCAUUGAUAAGUCAAGGUAUGUUACCCAGCAAAGUCUAGGAUCUAAUGACCUCCACAAUGCCCUGAGCAUCCUAACUUUCACUCCGACGGACACUGAGAUUCUGACAUGUUUAGCUGACAUAGAAGCACUCCCUAACCCUCAGAAUGCAACUGUGACUGUUAUUUUGGUGAACUCUACCAUCGAAAAUGAUUACAGUGAAGGCAGCAGAGGCACAUGGGUUAUUGUACUUGCAGUUGUGCUGUCAUUUGUUGGUAUUAUUCUGCUGAUCAUUAUUAUUGCGGUGGUUGUACGCUGCUGCUUCCUAAAGAAGAAAG